AUGAUCCUGGGGCUCUUCUCCAUCUUCUGCAGCUUCUGCAAGAAAUUCCACUGUGCCUCCUGGAUGCUUCUGAUCAGCUUCCUGUUAGACAUGGUUAUCAGGACAGUGACCAGACACCUCAACAUCUGCUGUAAAUCGGGAGCUGAGCUGAAUGACUUUGCUGUCUUCACCACCUGUGGCCUGGCCUCAGCCCUGCUCCUAGGCGUGGAUGGACUGCUGAAUGGGUUCCUGGCCGUCAUCUAUGUGUUAGCUACUUCUUUCCGCCUGUGUUUUUAUUCAGCGGGCACUCCCUUCACAUACAAGGGUCUGCCAUGCCCCUAUGCUUCCUGUGUUUUGGCCUCCACUUCCCUUCUGACCAAAGGCAACACGUUCAUUCUCUCUUGCAUGGCCUCACUUAUGAUCCUAUUCAUGAUGGACCAGAGCUACUACCCGCAUGACGAAAUCCUGGACUCUGAAAACUGGAAAAAAGUGGUUUAUCUGGGAGGUGUCAUCAUGCUGUUUUUGUCUCCAUUCUCGCUAACUGCUUUCUACUGCCUGAUGUGGUCGCUCUCCUACAUUUUCUUUCCAGACGCUCUGUGGGGCAAGGCAAUGUGUCUUAGGCUGCAGCACUUAAGAAACUAA